UUCAAAGAGCUGUCAAUCAAUGUAUACACAGCAGCACCGGCGAAUAGAGAGAAGGCGGGCUCAAGUAAGAAAAUUAUAAGGUCAUUGGAAUUACCAGCGCUGCAAGCCAACGUUACAAUGAAGCGAUAACAGAUAAGAAUGAAAAAUGAAAUAAACGGGAGCAAAGUCUACCAAAGAAGCCGCGGUAAUUAGGUAAAAGGCAGGCGUGCGGCCGUUACACACCGGCGCGUGUGUAUCAGCGCAGGUAAACGCGGUGGAGGUUUCGCUUAAGCCGAUCAAGGUGGGAUCGUACGGAACAGGUUCCCCUUCUGCCAUUACAUACACGUUAUUGUGACCACGGAGACCAAUAUUGAGGAUGUUGCGGUUGGCGUGCACCACGGCCCUUCUCUUCGUUCUCCGGCUGUUCAUUGGCCUGCCCUGGUUCCAGGUUCUACCAUCCAUUUUAAUUUUUUACCUGGGUUCUGGAGGAUGGAAGUCCAUCCAUGUGUUUUCAAAGACCAUAUACCGCGAUUUGCAUGCAGCCAGUGUGUUGCUGAGGGUAAAGCUGAAUGUCAAAAAGCACCUUCGUGAGCGCAACACCGUUCCCAAACUUUUUGCCAAGUCCGUCAAGAAAUACGGUGACAAGACGGCUCUGAUUUUCGAAGGAACGGGCGAGAAAUGGAGCUUCAAGGAGCUUGACGACUACUCCAACCGCGUGGCUAACUUUUUUCUCCAGAAUGGCUUCAAGGAAGGCGAUGUGGUGGCUCUGUUCAUGGAGAAUCGCUCUCAGUAUGUGGGGCUCUGGCUAGGCAUGGCGAAGAUCGGAGUGGAGGCAGCACUCAUCAACUUCAACCUGAGACUUGAGGCCCUGGUUCAUUGUGUCAACAUCUCCAGCGCCAAAGCGGUGGUGUUCGGCAGUGAGCUAACAGAUGCUAUGUGUGAGGUGCACAGCUCCAUGGGAAAGACUGUUAAGCUGUUCUGCUCUGGAGAAUGGGACCCUAAGCGGGUUCCUGAAGGGACGGAACAUCUAGAGCCGCUGCUGGAGGCAACACCUACAAACCAGCCCAGACAACCUGAUCGCAGCUUCACAGAUCGCCUUUUUUACAUUUACACGUCGGGAACCACUGGGAUGCCAAAAGCUGCUAUCGUUGUACAUAGCCGGUAUUACCGCAUGGCUGCCUUGGUGUACUAUGGUUUCAGGAUGAAGUCUGAGGAUGUGCUUUAUGACUGCUUACCACUUUAUCACUCAGCAGGAAACAUAGUGGGAGUUGGACAGUGUCUGAUCCAUGGAAUGACUGUAGUGAUCAGGAAGAAGUUCAGUGCAUCAAAGUUCUGGGAUGACUGUAUCAAAUACAACUGCACGAUCGUGCAGUACAUUGGCGAGAUCUGCCGCUAUCUGCUGAACCAGCCAAAAAAGGACACGGAGCACCAACACAAGGUCCGCAUGGCCCUCGGUAACGGCCUUCGCCAGUCCAUCUGGGAGGAAUUCACCAACCGCUUCAACAUACCACAGAUCGCAGAGUUCUACGGUGCCACCGAAUGCAACUGCAGCCUGGGCAACUUCGACAACAAGACGGGUGCCUGUGGAUUCAACAGCCGGAUCCUGCCCUACUUCUAUCCCAUCCGCUUAGUCAAAGUGGACGAGGAGACCAUGGAGCUUAUCAGAGGACCUGAUGGAGUCUGUAUCCCUUGUGGUCCAGGAGAACCUGGUCAGUUGGUUGGCCGAAUCAUUCAGAACGACCCCCUCAGACGAUUUGACGGCUACGUCAAUCAGUCAGCCACUAAUAAGAAGGUUUCCCACGAUGUCUUCAAAAAGGGAGAUAGCGCAUAUCUGUCAGGGGAUGUGCUGGUGAUGGACGACUAUGGCUACAUGUAUUUCAAAGACCGCACAGGAGACACAUUUCGCUGGAAAGGAGAGAAUGUCUCCACCACCGAGGUGGAGGGAACGCUGAGCCGCCUGCUGGACAUGAAAGAUGUGGUGGUGUAUGGAGUGGAGGUGCCAGGUGCCGAGGGCAAGGCAGGGAUGGCCGCCAUAGCAGACCCGGACCACAGCACAGACCUGGAGAAGUUUAGCAGGGACCUGGAGAAAGCCCUGCCACCUUAUGCCCGGCCCGUGUUUCUGCGCUUCCUACCAGAAGUGAACAAAACAGGGACCUUCAAAUUCCAGAAGACAGAAAUGCGACGGGACGGAUUCGACCCCAAUGUCGUUUCUGACAAACUCUACUUCCUGGACUGCACUAAGGGACAAUAUGUGGAGCUGAAUGUAGAGCUCCAUCGCAGCAUCGUCUCAGGAAAGCAGAAAUUAUGAGACUACUGCCAACCUCCACCCGUUCCCUCACCACCCCGCCUUCAACAGCCCUCAAACCCCACCCCCUCAUCACUCCGCCCCUCGUUACCUCAGCAAAAACAGUGAGGGGCCGCAGGAACGCAUUCUGGCCACAUAUUCAAGCCCCUGUUGAAUCAUUCAUUCAUUCAAUAAUUCUCACAGCCCACCUCUCUUACAACCGAGAUAGGACUGAGGUGGUGUUCAGCCAUCUUGAAAACAAAACAAAAACGAAGAAUACAAAAAAUUAAGCAAUUUAGCAAACAAGAAUACAAAAACAAACAGCAAGGAAAGGCACAAAAGGACCAAAUACACGUUUGUCAAAUGGUAAAGCUUUCCCUUUGCCUCAGCUGCACAAUGCUCGCCUGGCUACAGGAUUCGGGACUGACACACGCUCAUUUUGACCGAUCUGACAAGCGACUGCCAUCGUAAAUGCGCCCUCAAGCCCUGACCAAACCAUGUGGAUCGACGUGCAAUACAAACCCAGCACUGGCUGCGCACUUGUCAGCUGCCAUGUCUUGAUCAAUGCUGUUUAUUUCAAUGUGCACCAAAUAUAUUUAAGUUGUAGAAUAGCUCAUCAUCUAUUUACAAGUUAUGAAUCUAUAUGCUGCGUUGAAGACAUCCAUGAUUGCACUGCUACUGUCAUCAUGAAAGCUGAUUUUCGCUAAUGUCUAUACCGAACAGCCCGGUGCGACAUUGUGCAGAGCGGGCUUCGUGGGUUCGCUCCGUUUUGCUAGACAUGACGACCGUUCAGAUUCCGGCGAGGACUUCCUGGACUCUCUACAGGACACUAUAGUGGACUUUGCAUAGAGGUGAAUGAAAGUAGUAUACUACUCUGGUGCUAAAGAGUGAACAUCCUCCCCGUCUGCGAAGUGGCGCCAGACCUAAAGAACAUCUUUGCUUCUUGACAUGAAGAGAAUGGAAGCGAAGUAGAGUGAAGGGAAAGUGAUGUAGGCUAUCUGUCAUCUGGGUUUUAGUUUUUCUUUCAGCAGCAUGAAUGAUUGAUGCAAACAGAGCACUGUGCCUUACUGUCAGGUCACCACAUAGUGUUAGUGCCCUUGUCCUGUAUCAUUACACCAACUGACCCUGGAUGUCUCCUCCACAUCUCUUAAACAGCUAGUUUAUUUUCUAGACCUAGCUUAUACUCCCCUUCCAUGAAAAUUCCCAUCAUGCAAAGUGUCCAGCACUACAUCUAUGGGCAUCCUUUCCCUUCCAUGUGUAUUUUGCACCAUCACCUCUUGCGAACUUUCCUGUUCUCCUUCGCCCACUGACAGCUGAUUAUUUAUUUAUAUCGUAGCAAGUAUUUAAAUGUGUGUGCACGUGUGAUGAGAUGAUUUUGUGUGACAGCACUUGAAUUUCUCCAGUCACUGUUUUGGCCGCUGUACAUUAACGUACAGCACAGAUGCGGGAAAACAUAGAACUGUGUUGGCAUUAUAUGAGCGAGUCUCAUGAGGAACAUACUUCACCAAAAAAUAGAAAAAAGAUUAUAUUUUGCAUAAAAAAUGAAGCCUAUUUUACAAUGUUUUUCCAUUAUUUUCAUUAAAAAUAAGGAUUCUCAUUACUGUAAUGCAAAAAAUUUCACAUUACCUUAAUGACAUUAAAAAUCUCAUUCUCAUUAUUGUAUGAAACAAAAAAAUCUCAUUCUCAUUACCAUAAUGACAAUAAAAUGCUAAUUCCCAUUACCAUAUUGACAUCUCAUUCUGAUUACAGUAAUGACAAUAAUCAAAUUCUUAUUAUCGAAAUGACAAUAAAAUCUCAUUCUCAUUACCAUAAUGACAAUAAAAUGAUAAUUCCCAUUACCAUAUUGACAUCUCAUUCUGAUUACAGUAAUGACAAUAAUCAUUCUUAUUAUCGUAAUGACAAUAAAAUCUCAUUCUCAUUACCAUAAUGACAAAAAAUAGAAUCUGCAAUACCUUAAUGACAAUAGAAUCUCAUUCUCAUUAACAUAACAAAAAAAAUCUAAUUUGCCUUAACGUAAUGCCAAAAAUCAUUACCAUAAUGACACUAAAAUGCUAAUUACAUGCUUAUUACCAUAAUGACAAUAAAAUGCUAUUUCCCAUUACCAUGUUGACAAUAACAUCUCGUUCUGAUUACCUUAAUGACAAUAAUCAAAUUCUUAUUAUCGUAAUGACAAUAAAAUCGCAUUCUCAUUACCAUACUGAAAAAAAAUCUAAUUCACAUUACUGUGAAUUAAUGACAAAAACAUUUUCCUUAUCAGAACGACAAUAACAUCUCAUUUUCAUUACCGUAAUGACAAAAAAAAUCUCAUUACCGCAAUGACAAAAAAAUCUCAUUACCGUAAUGACAAAAAAAAUCUCAUUACCGUAAUGACAAAAACUCUCAUUACCGUAAUGACAAAAAAUCUCAUUCACAUUACCGUAAUGACAAAAAAUCACCAGUAAAAAAAUCAAUUUUACAUUUCAUUCUCUAUAUCUCAUUAUGGUCACAAGAAUGAGAUUCUCAUGACCAUAAUGAGAUAUACCGUAUCUCUACAGUAAUACAGUAUUAAGAACAUAUUGUUGUUAAUACUGUAUUACAGUACAUCUUGUCAGGACAUUUUUUUCAUUAUGAUUAUUCAAUUCUACGGAACCCUGGACAUGACAUGCAGGAAAAAAAAAUAGUAGGCUAAAUUGUGUGCACGAUUUACUAUUUCGUUCUUUCAAUUUAUAAGUCAUGCACAUGAUUUAUAAAUCGAGGGAAAGAAAUAGUAAAUUGUGCGCAUGAUUUUUUUUUUCUUGCAUGUCAUGUGCAGGGCCCGUAAAAUUAGUACAAUGCUGUAAAAAAGGACUUCAUUUUUUAUUAAUUCAAAAUAUAUUUUUCUUUUGGGAUGUAGUGUCAGCCACAUAGCUGUACAGGUCAUUUUGUCUUUCUAGCCGAGGGUGCAGCAGUGAUGUCAUUUAUUAGUCAGCUAAUCAGAUGCAGUUGUCUCCAUCAACAUUCUUUUCCUGUUUUUAUUUUGUUGUUUGUCCUUUCCUUUAUUACUUUGGAUUUUUUUUUUUAAAUAAUUUUGUAAAAGAAUGAUGUGUAAUGAUUUGUUAUGGGUUGAGCUUUAUUUCUCCGUUAAGCUUGUUUUGUUUGUUUGUUUGUUUGUUUGUUUGUUCUGGGUGUGUGAAAGAGAGGGAAAAUGCAUCUUAUGCACUGAGUUAUAUUUUAGACACAAUAUGAUGUCUGAAAUCUUCUCUACAAACAUUUCUUUCUCUCACGAUACUGUGUGUUAGCGUUUGUGUCCUAUGACAGCAAGAAUCCUCACCAGGGAGCUUUUGCUGAGGCGCUCCUCCUUAUUUCUGUUAAUUAAAGGAACAGUUCACCCCAAAAUGGAAAUUCUGUCAGCAUUUACUCUCUCUCAUGUUGUUCCAAACCUCCAAAAAGGACACAAAAAUCCAAAUGACUUCUGAAGCCAUAUGAUACUUUUAUGUGAGAAAACUGAUAAUCUACCUCCAUUUCAGCUUUCAAAUGUCAUUCUACAUUUUGCAUAUUUAAAAUGUAGAGUCACAUUGACAUCAUCCUGGUGCAUUAAAAUGCCCUCUUUUUUUGAGUUUUGACAGAGAAGAAGAUUAUCAGUAAAUUACAACUUAAAACUACUUCUAUGGUGCUUUUUGUCUUUUUUUAGAAUGUGAAUGGAUAUUAUUUUGUGUUCCAAUAAAGUCAUACAUGUUUGGAACAACAUAAAAGUGCGUAAAUGAUGACCGUUUUUGAUGUACUAUCCCUUUAAAGUUUCAUACAAAGACACUUGCAGACACACAUAAACAACCUUCAAUUUCAAUAAUUUCCACAUUAAUUAUAUCUGUUUUGAGAGAGAUUUCUGCAUUUUAUUUAUGACUUAAUGACUUUUUUUUUUCAUGUAUUUUAAAGGCAUUAACAAUGUGAAAUGCAAAAGCCAGUGCUGUGAAUAAUUUUGUAUUUAUUUAUUUUUUUAAAUAGAGGUUUUUCCCACUGCAGCAUAAAAAAACAGUCAGUCUGUUUUCAGUCUGAACAUGUUUCAAAGGAACUGUUUAUGUGUGCAAGUGUGUGUCGGUUUCUUUUCGAGAUGACGUGACACUCCUUGUGCAGGAAAUGCGAUGUUGUUCUCAUGUCUGUCCACUAGGAUGUGAUGCUCAUUCAGGCCUCAUUCCACAAACCUUCCCUCCUCAUGCUCAGAAUGCCUGAUUUUCCAUCCAAAAAUCUUGUUAUUGCACCAAUAUGUUUUCAUUGAUAAUGAGGGAUAUCUAAUGUUUUAUGUUUAACCUAUUUACUGUGGAUUUUGUUAUUUGUUUUGUCAAUGGCUUUAAAGCUACAAAGGACCAUUUUCAAGCAACAUAAGUUAUAUCGUUUAUGUCUUGUUUUAUUGAGCACCAAAGCCAAUGAAGAUUUUGCAUUUUGUUAGUUAGAGAAAUCAGAUUUGUACCGAUUUGUCGCCCUUCUCGAAAGACUGGUCAUAAAUGCACUUUUGUUUUGUCUAUUUCUGUUCAGUACUCAGGAACAACAUGCAGAGGCAGAUGAGAAGUGGAAACUAUGAGUAAGCUGGCGGUGUAUGUGUGUGUGUGUGUGUGUGUGUGUGUUUAUGUAGAGGAGGUGUGUGAGGUGUGCCGCGUCACACUGAAGUCCUCUUGUCUUAAAGACUAGCUGUAAAUCAUGCUCUUUCAAAACAAUGGCAUCCAAGAAUCCAUAUUAAUAAAAAAUAUAUAUUAA